AUGACAACCACGUUUGAAGUUAUUUUAUUUUGGUGUAAUGGUUUUUACUGGACACUGCCAGGAUGGACAGAGUGCAAGAAUAAUAUUUCUGAGAUAACUAUUUCUUCAGUUGAACUGGAACGAACAGAAUCGUCCUUCAAACUGAUAAUACCAUCAGGCAAAAUACCUUUAGCUAUUGAUAGCCCUUCUUCACACAAAACGGUAGCAUCGAAGCUAUCAUCAACUGAUGACACAUUGCCACCAAGCUAUCUUCAAUUCGGAGUGAGCAUUCACUACGACGAAGAGUUUUCACCUAUUGUUUGGAAUACAACAAAACAAUCAGAUGGACCUUCCCAGGAGAAUCAUCUAUUUACUUAUAUCAUAAUUGCUAUUUUAGCUGUUAUUGUUUUGAUUAUCUCACUCCUUAUUUGUUGUGAUUCUGAAAAUGGAGCAGAAUGUACUGAACUGCCAACCAACCAACCAGAUCAAAACGGUAAUAUACAGAGACAUAACAGUGGUGUAGGAACGUUCUCAAUAUCAACACCGUCUUCAUAUUCAUCUCCGUCAUCAACUCAAAUAGUCAUUCCCGUAUCAUCAACAGGCACUUCCAAAACAUCAUCCACUGGAGAGUUUCAAGAAAGGAUGUCAUGUCCACAAAUGUCCUCCUACUCCUCACUGGUUACAACAGAAGGCCCAAAACAGGAUGCAUUACGAAACGCCUUGGCAACAAAAGACUCUCUAAAAGAAAGACUAUUAAUAGAUACACAUACAUCCAAUUCAUCAUCAGUAUUGAUGUUGAAACCUAAAUCACAAUCAAAAGAUAACGGAGUUGCAGAUGAGAUUCAGUUGAUGGAGUAUUCUAUUGCAACAAUUCAGAAAACAAAAGACAACGGAAAUGAGAGUGAGAAUAGUUCAGCAUCCAUCAGUUUACCCUGUAUCAAAUCCAGCAGUAGCAUUUCUUCCAUAACAAACAAAUUACACACAGAGCAACAACUCAAGUCAUUAGAUAACAGUGAUGCACCGGAUAAUAAAUUUGAUGAGAACAACUACCCUUCAACAUCAAUAGUAUGCCGUCCAGAUUCAGAGGAAAUAAUGUGUUGA